AUGCGCACCUCUCUGAUCACUCUUUCCAUUCUGGCAGCUUCUGCCUCUGCUUCCUACGUCCUGGAGGACGACUAUUCUUCAGAUGUAUUUGCCGACAUGUUUGACUUCUUCACAGGCAAUGACCCUACCAAUGGCUACGUCAACUACAUUUCCUACGAUCAAGCCACAAGCGCCGGCCUGUACAAGGCUGACAACGGCUCGGUCUACAUGGGCGUCGAUGCUACCAACGUUGCCACGGGUCGUGGCCGAGACAGCGUCCGGAUCAGCACGAAGAAGGUCUACAACCACGGUCUCGUCAUACUGGAUCUCGCACACAUGCCUGCCGGUGCCUGCGGGUCUUGGCCGGCCUUUUGGAUGCUUGGCCCCAACUGGCCGACCAACGGAGAAAUAGACAUCAUCGAAGGCGUCAACAGUCAAUCGGCCAAUACCAUGACUUUGCACACCAAUGCGGGAUGUUCAAUCACCAACACAGGAGCUUUCUCAGGCAGCAUGGUGACCGACAACUGCGACGUCAACGCUCCCGACCAAGCUGCCAACGCCGGCUGUUCUAUCGACACCCAAGACAAUCUGUCCUUUGGCAGCGGAUUCAACGCCAACGGUGGUGGCGUGUACGCGACGGAAUGGACAAGCGAGGCAAUCAGCAUGUGGUUCUUCCCCAGAAACAGCAUCCCAUCCGACAUCGCCAACGGCCAACCUGAUCCAUCGAACUGGGGUCUUCCCAAGGGUCAAUUCACCGGCGGCUGCGAUAUCGACGAGCAUGUCAAGGACCAACAACUGGUCUUCGAUGUGACCUUUUGCGGUGACUGGGCCGGAUCAGUCUGGUCCACGGACUCGACGUGUUCUCCCCUGGGCUCCACUUGCCAGGCCUAUGUGCAGAACAACCCGUCCGCGUUCCAGGACACGUACUGGCUCAUCAACGGGUUGAAGGUAUACACCGAUAAUGGUGCUGCGUCAGCCCAGACCAUGACACCAACGACUCUGGCCGGAGUAGCAACUACCUCUAUCACGACUUCUCAAGCGACGACACCCAUUUCUGUGGCCGGAUUCCCUGCCACCACUACAGCGACUACCUUUGUCACUCUCGGUUCCUCGCCCAGCUCGUCCACCACCGAAAUUGAGACCGAGGCGGCCGCGACCUCCACACCGAUCCAAACACCCUCAGCGACCAGGUUCGUUACCGUCACGGCCAUCAACACGCCGCCAUCUGCGGCUGAUCCCACCGUAAUCACCGCCGCUGCAGCCCAGACAUCUACCUGGUCAUCAUCCUCAGGUCCGUGGACGACUGCUUCGUUUGACAAUGGGUCCUGGGAGAACUGGGCAGGCGGUAACGGCAACGGCAACGGCAACGGCGGUCGAUUCGGAGGUCGUGGCGGUGCCGGCGGCCGGGGACGAUGA